AGAUAUUAUUUACCGUAAACAAUGAAAUAUAAUGUUUUUUUUAGUUUAAUCAAUACAAAUUAUUAGUAAUAUUAAUUGAAAAAUUAUGAUAGUAAAAUAUAUAUAUAUAUUGUAAUAUACACCUUUAUUGGAAGUUGGUAAAAAUAGUUCAAUAAAUUGAUAUAACAGUUAAACUGCUCAGUAAUUUUCCUAGAAGGAAAAUCCCAAAGAGGUGAGGAACAAAGGUUUUUGUUUUGGCAAUCAGUUGAUGUUUAGCUGAAAAAAAAAAAAAAGAGGUAGGAGAAGGGAUCCUGGCUCCAGUGGGAAAAACCCAGUAAUAGUGUUACCAAUUUGGAAGAGUUGUUUGGCAGAACUUUGGAAAGUGUUUGAAGGCAAAUGAAUUCAGUGCCACAAAGGAAGAAACAUAUAAUAUAGAAAAAGAUGUUUAUGCUAUUGAUAUGGAUUUCUUACAAAUUUCUUCAAUUCUAACCUUCAAAAUAGUCAGAUAAAAUUUAAAAUUUGAUAAGAUAAUGCAAGUUGUCAGGAAUUCAAUUAGCAUUAGGAGAGUGUAUGGACAACAAAUUUUGUUAUGUAAGUAUUUUCUUGUAUACAAUUUUGAUUCCUUUUAUAACAUUUCUUAUAAAAGCAUUUACCAUAUUACAUGAAAUAUAAGUUCUUACUUUUCAACUGUUCACAAGAAAAAAACUUCAAUAUAAAAUAAAAAAUAAUUAGGAUGAAAUUAAGUACGAUGUGUAAAAAUCAGUUAGUUAUUUCUACAUAAUUUUAUAAAGAUGUCAAAUGUAUAUUCAGUGAAUAUACAUAUAGUGAGUAUAUGUAUAUUCACUAAUAAAUCUUUGUUCAUAAAUCAAACUUAAAAAAUUAUUUAUUAGAACUUCACGAAUUGGUGCAAUAAUUUUAAAGAAAAAUGUUUUCUCUUAUUCUUUUAUCAUUUACGCUGUUGAUUUCUUCUCUUAUUUUUAUUUUAAUAAAAUGGGCAGAGGAACGAAACAAGUUUUGGUCCAAACGUAACAUAAAUUUUCUAAAGCCAAAAUUGUUUAUUGGAAACCUUUAUGAAGUGUUAUGGGGACGCAAAAAUAUGUCGGAAGCUCAUCAAGCAGUGUAUAAUGCCUUUCCAUUGGAUGAUGUAGUUGGCUUCUAUGACUUUGUGUUCCCUCGUUUAAUUAUCCGCAAUCCAGAAUUGGUGGAGAAAGUUCUGAAAAAUGACUUUUCUCAUUUUGUAGACAGAGCAGCACCUGCUAAACAUGUAAAAGAUCCUUUGUCAUUGAAUUUGUUUAGUAUGUGUGGAAACCAGUGGAGAUUAUACAGGCAAAAACUAAGCCCUGGUUUUACAACUGGCAAGCUAAAGAAUAUGUUUGAUCCUUUAUCAGUAUGUGGAAAAAACAUGUUAUCACUUAUGGAAUCUCAUGUUGGAAAAGAAGCAGAUAUGAAAGAAAUCAUGGAAUUAUUUUCAAUGGAUGUAAUAGGAUCGUGUGCAUUUGGAAUUGAUCCUGGAGUGACACAAAACCCAAAUUCAAGUUUCAGAACCAUGGGACAAAAAAUAUUUGAAUUUAGUGCAGUCCAGCAAUUUCGAUUUGCUGUGUUAUCUCUGCUUCCAAAUUUAGCAUCAAAAUUGAACUUUUCAUUUUUCAAACCUGAAGUAGUAAAAUAUUAUUGCGAUAUAAUUCUUAAUACUCUUGAAUUCAGAAAAAAACAUGAAAUUGAAAGAAAUGAUUUUAUUCAAAUGAUGUUGCAACUACGAUCCAAAGGCAAGAUAGAUUCCCAGCCAAGUGAUCUUGCUGAAGAUGAUCUUAAAACUAAUAAAUCAGUUGAAGAAGAAGAUAAGGAUUUUCAAAUUACCGACGAGUUACUCAUUGGUACUGCUUUUGGUUUCUUAUCGGCUGGAUUUCAUACAACAUCAUCAGCACUUACAUAUGCUCUGUACGAAUUAUCCAAAAACCCUGAAGCAUUAGAAAAAACUCGGAGGGAAAUAAAAGAACAAGUAGCAGUACAUGGGAAUAUUAAUUAUGAUUCUCUCAAGUGCAUGACUUAUUUAGAAAAAGUUCUUAAAGAAACAUUGAGACUUCAUCCAGGAGCGCCUUCAACUUUCAGAGUCUGUACAAAGGAAUAUAAAUUUCCCAAUGGACUUACUUUAUUACCUGGAGAUUCAAUCAUUAUACCUAUUUAUGCCUUGCAAAGAGAUCCUAAUAACUUUCCCGACCCCCUCAGUUUCAAUCCUGAUAGAUUUGAUGAACCACCAGCUCCAGGAACAUACCUUCCUUUUGGCGAUGGCCCAAGGAUAUGCAUAGGUUUGAGAUUUGCUAUGAUGGAAAUGAAGUUCGCUCUUUCCACACUGCUGUUGAAUUAUAACAUUCAAUUAAGUAAAUCAACUGAAACCCCUGUCAAAAUGUCUCCAAGGGGAUUUUUGAACAUACCUUUGAAUGAAGUAAAAUUUAAAAUAACAAAAAUAUAAACAUAUUAUUUUUUAAACUAAAAUAUCCUUAAGUAUUUUAUAUAUCUAUAAUAAAUAUAUCUGUACAUUAAUAAUUUGUUAAUAAAAAUUAAAUAAUAUACUUCUAUAUAAUUUUAGUUAGUUUCAUUAUGAC